AUGGACCCCCACGAGAUGGUCGUCAAGAACCCCUAUGCCCACAUCGGCAUCCCUCGAGCUCACCUGCGGCCUGAUCUGGUGAAGCAGCUAGAGAUGGCUCCCUGCUCGUCCUCUCAGAUACAGCCUCUGCCCAUGGGGCCCUGUGCCCCAGAGCCCACCCGCAUUCUGCAGCCCAUUGAUGUCCCAGACCCCAAGGGGGCCAAGGGCGCCAAGGGGGCUGCCCCCCUCCAGGGCCAAGAGACUUGGCGGCAUCCCAGCAACCCGUACGGCAGCGCCGCACGCCCGGCAGGACUGACCUACGCCGGCCUGCCACCUGCUGGGCGUGGUGACGACAUCGCCCACCACUGCUGCUGCAUCCCCUGUUGUUCCUGCUGCCACUGUCCCCGUUUCUGCCGCUGCCACAGCUGCUGCUGCGUUGUCUCCUAG